AUGGAUAUCGUUCUCGAGGUGAUCGACACCUACGUCGGCGACAAGCUCUGGGCUUCGCUGCUGCCCGCCGGCGCCGCCCCUUACGACUUCCCCCACACUGCUGCCAACGCCACGGCGCAACCGCUUUCGACAUGGCAGUACAAGCCCGCGACUCACUGGCUCUAUCUUGAGCCUUCCGAGGCCGCCUACAUGAGCGCCUGGCCUCGAGACAACAUCUUUCGCCAGUUCACUUCUCUUUUCCUCGUCACCUGGAUCUUCGGUCUGCUCAACUACUUCGUCUUCGCUACCCUCUCUUACAUCUUCAUCUUCGACAAGAAGACGUUCAACCACCCCAAGUUCCUCAAGAACCAGAUCCGCCUCGAGAUGAAGCAGGCCAACCAGGCCAUGCCCAUCAUGUCCCUGUGCACCGCUCUCACCUUCGUCGCCGAGGUUCGCGGCUACUGCAAGCUCUACGACACCACCGAGGAGGGCCCUGGCCGCUGGUACGACUGGGCUCAGUUCCCGCUCUUCAUCCUCUUCACCGACCUUUGCAUCUACUGGAUUCACCGAUGGCUGCACCUGCCCUCCGUCUACAAGCACCUCCACAAGCCUCACCACAAGUGGAUCAUGCCCUCUCCUUACGCCAGUCACGCCUUCCACCCCCUCGACGGUUUCGCCCAGUCUAUUCCGUACCACGUCUACCCCAUGCUGUUCCCCCUGAACAAGAUGGCCUACGUCGCUCUCUUCAUGUUCAUCAACUUCUGGACCAUUCUCAUCCACGACGGAGAGUACAUUACCGACAACCCGAUCAUCAACGGCUCCGCAUGCCACACUGCUCACCACCUGUACUUUAACUACAACUACGGCCAGUUCACCACGCUCUGGGACCGUCUUGGUGGCAGCUAUCGCAAGCCUGAUCUGGCUUGGUUCAACAAGCAGACCAAGAUGUCGCAGGAGACCUGGAAGGCCGGCAUCAAGGACAUGGAGAAGAUCCAGAAACAAGUCGAGGGAGACGACGACCGCCAGUACGGAGCGGACGUCGACCAGAAGAAGAAGAACUGA